AUGCCGGUUCCGGUUCCCGCACCUAAUCUUGAAUCGACUCACGUGUUCAUGCCGGAAAUCAGAGCGUUUGGGAACCAAAAAGUAGUCCCUCGUGCCCAUGCUGAGGAGCGCCUCCUGCAGGAUCUUUUUGUAAACUACAAUAAGCUCUCUCGACCUGUGCAGAACACCACAGACACUGUCCUGGUGCACUUUGGCCUGUCCAUCGCUCAACUCAUUGACGUGGAUGAGAAGAACCAGAUGAUGACAACGAAUGUCUGGGUCAAGCAGGAAUGGAACGACUACAAGCUCCGGUGGAACCCUGAGGAGUACGAGAAUGUCACCUCCAUACGCAUCCCCUCUGAGAUCAUCUGGAGGCCUGACAUCGUCCUCUAUAACAACGCUGAUGGUGACUUUGCUGUAACCCACCUGACGAAAGCUCACCUGUUCUACGAUGGUCAGAUCAAGUGGAUGCCCCCGGCCAUUUACAAGUCCUCCUGCAGCAUUGACGUCACAUUCUUCCCUUUUGACCAACAGAGCUGCAAGAUGAAGUUUGGCUCCUGGACUUACGAUCGCGCCAAAAUCGAUCUGAUCAGCAUGGCCAGCGAUGUGGACCAAAUGGACUAUUGGGAAUCUGGGGAGUGGGUGAUCGUCAAUGCGGUGGGAAAGUACAAUACCAAGAAAUACGAGUGUUGCACUGAGAUCUACGCCGAUAUCACGUACUACUUCAUCAUCAGAAGGCUACCGUUGUUUUACACUAUCAACCUCAUCAUCCCGUGUCUUCUUAUUUCUUGUUUGACUGUCCUGGUUUUUUACUUGCCAUCGCAGUGCGGAGAAAAGAUCACUUUGUGCAUAUCAGUUCUCCUCUCGCUGACUGUGUUCCUUUUGCUCAUUACGGAGAUCAUACCUUCCACAUCGCUUGUGAUUCCUUUGAUUGGGGAAUACUUGCUUUUCACAAUGGUUUUUGUCACCUUGUCAAUCGUCAUUACAGUUUUUGUGCUAAAUGUGCAUCACCGCUCACCUCAGACUCAUGGUAUGCCUCAUUGGGUAAGGAGAGUGUUCUUGGAUCUGGUGCCGAGGUUCCUCUUCAUGAAAAGGCCUCCUGGAACAGCCAAGAACAACUGUAAGAAACUGAUCGAGAUGAUGCACAAACCACCCACCGUAUCUGCCACCGGGAACUCACAAACCUUCUGGGCGGGGCUUGAGACAGGGUUGAAACAGAUAAGUCAGUUAGAAACCACGAUACUUAAAACGCCAACUGAUAGUCCAAAUAUCCAUGUGAGUUCUCCUUCUCCACCGUCCUCUGCUAAAGAAGACUCUGAUGAAAAUGACCAUACGUUAAAGCCAAACUUUUUCUGCCGCUCUCCAUCAGGAAAGUAUUCAGUCCUUUCUGAAAACCUCUGUGGAUUGAACUCUGGAGUAUCCUCUUGUUCUCAGUUGUCUUUGCCUCCGAGCUUACCCUUAGGUCCUCUCCGAUGUCCGUCUAAGGAAGAGUCACAGAAGCCGUCUAUGAAUGGUCGUUCACACAGUGUGGAGCAAAUGUGUGACCACCAGAGGGAGUAUUCCCCAAAGAGCGAGCAUCUUUGUAGAUCUCGGAGCUUUAACCAUUGCUGUGUCCACAGCGAGGGGACCCCAGGCGCAGUGAGGAGAGUGAAGAAGCCCCUACUGAAAGAGAACUUAUUAGAAACCCUUACAGCUCAGCUCACUAAAGAUGUGAGCACUCAGCAGGAAGUGGUGGCUCCUUCCAUUUCACCAGCUCUGCUCCGAGCUUUAGAGGGAGUCCAGUACAUCGCUGACCAUCUCCGAGCAGAGGAUGCAGACUUUUCUGUGAAGGAGGACUGGAAGUACGUGGCCAUGGUCAUUGACAGGAUCUUCCUCUGGAUGUUUGUGCUGGUCUGUAUUCUGGGAUCAGUGGGACUCUUCUUGCCCCCCUGGCUCGCUGGGAUGAUCUGA